AUGCCUCCUCGUUUCUGGACUGCGCUGUGCGCCUUCUCACUCGGUCAUGCUGUUCUCGCGGCACGACAGAUCGCGCCCCGUGCGACAGCCAGCCUGGAUGGCUGGCUAGCCAAGGAGACGACUGUAGCGAGAACGGGUAUUCUUGAUAAUAUCGGCUCUAAUGGCGCGUAUGCGAAGAGCGCCAAGUCCGGGAUCGUGAUUGCCAGUCCGAGUACGGACAAUCCAGACUACUACUACACGUGGACCCGUGAUUCUGCGUUGGUUAUGAAGACCCUCGUGGAUCUUUUUAAGAACGGGGACUCCGACCUGCUCUCGAUCAUCGAAGAGUAUAUCAACGCCCAGGCACACAUUCAAACGGUCUCCAACCCAUCGGGAGAUCUGUCCAGCGACGAGACGGCGUUCACUGGCUCUUGGGGUCGUCCCCAGCGCGACGGCCCUGCUUUGCGUGCUAGUGCUAUGAUUGCAUUUGGACAGUGGUUGAUUGAGAACGGCUACACCACCACGGCAACAGAUAUUGUCUGGCCCAUUGUGCGCAACGAUCUGUCCUACGUCGCACAGCACUGGAACAGCUCUGGCUAUGACCUCUGGGAAGAAGUCAACGGUGAAUCCUUUUUCACAACAGCCGUCCAGCACCGUGCUCUGGUUGAAGGUAGCAAAUUUGCCAGCCAGGUCGGAUCGUCCUGCUCGUAUUGCGAUUCCCAGGCCCCUCAAGUCCUCUGUUUUCUGCAAUCCUACUGGACAGGCUCCUACACCUUAGCCAACUUCGGUAGCAGUCGUAGCGGCAAGGACGCCAAUACCCUACUCGGCAGUAUUCACACCUUUGACCCAGAGGCAGGCUGCGAUGACUCCACGUUCCAGCCAUGCUCAUCUCGUGCUCUGGCCAACCACAAGGUCGUGACUGACUCGUUCCGCGGGAUCUACACUGUCAACUCGGGAAAAACUGCUGGCCAAGCUGUUGCCGUCGGUCGGUAUCCUGAGGACUCCUACUAUAAUGGCAAUCCCUGGUAUCUCUGCACGAUGGCAGCUGCUGAGCUACUCUAUGACGCACUGUACCAAUGGAACAAGGCUGGGUCAUUGACAAUCAGCGCCACCUCGCUCGGUUUCUUCACUGAUUUGUACAGUUCUGCGACCCCUGGAACCUAUUCUUCUUCGAGUGCGACGUAUUCUUCCAUCGUCAGUGCUGUGAAGACGUAUGCAGAUGGAUAUAUGAGCAUUACGGAACAAUACGCGUAUUCUAACGGUUCUUUAUCCGAACAAUUCGACAAAUCUAAUGGCAUCCCCACGUCUGCGCGCGACCUAACUUGGUCCUACGCUGCCCUCCUUACAGCGAACAUGCGUCGGAAUUCCGUUGUUCCUCCCGCGUGGGGCGAGGCCUCUGCCAGUAGUGUCCCAGCUACUUGUGUCGCUACCUCUGCGUCUGGGACAUAUAGUACAGCAACGAAUACAAAAUGGCCGAGCGCACUGACAAGUGGGACUGGCGGAACCACCACCACCACAACUACGAGUAAGUCGACUACAACAAGCACCACCUGCACGACCCCAACCUCUGUGGCGGUAACCUUCGACCUUCUUGCGACAACAACCUACGGCGAGAACGUCAGAUUGACGGGUUCAAUUCCGGCGCUUGGUAACUGGGACCCGAGCAGUGCGGUUGCACUGAGCGCUUCUAAGUAUACUUCGUCGACCCCCCUUUGGUAUGCUAUUGUAAACCUUCCUGCAGGUCAGGUCUUCCAGUAUAAGUAUAUCCGGGUAGAGAGUGAUGGUUCUAUUGAGUGGGAGAGCGAUCCUAAUCUGGCGUAUACUGUUCCUGCUGCUUGCACGACUGCGGUUACCCUUAGUGAUACUUGGCGUUGA